AUGAGCACAGAAACAGUAAUACGUAAAAUGGAAAAGGUUCAAGGCAAACCUUUUAUCGAAACUGGAGAAGAUGUAAUAAACGCUGACGGUCAAGGCAACCUACCAUUUAUUAUUGAUGAUUCAGUUACAACACAAUCACCAGAGGACGUAAGGCCAAAACGGGUGAGAAAGUUAACGUCUGGUGGACAGGAACUGUACGAAAAAGACGUAGGAAAAUACACUGCGGAGCUAAUCCACUACAGAAAGAACUUAGAUAUUUUAAACAAAAGUUACUACUCAGGAGAACUAGAAAUAUCCGAUGUUAAACUAUUGCCAGACAGAAUAAGAUCGGAACUGUCAAAAUAUCAACAAAUUUCAGAAAAAUUCAUCGGCUUUCUGAACAGAUACAGAACUAAAGAGAGCGCCCGGGAAGAGGCAACACAAAAACUAAUCUAUAAAAGUAUCAUUACAAAGGCUAAAACCAUGUUAAAUGAGAUCGAAAUUAAAUUGAAGCAGUCACAAUCCGUCAAAUCUAUCGCUACUGGUAGACAAUCUAAAUCCUCUAGAUCCUCCUCCGCAAGUUCAAUACUAAUUAAACAAAGAGCAAAAAUGGAUGCCGCUAAGACAAAUCUACGCUUUGUUAGUCAAGAGGCAGAACUUGAAAGAUUACAAUUCGAGCUUGAAGAGGAAGAACUUAAAACAAAAGCAGAACUAUUAAAGAAAAAAGUCGAAGCAAAGUUGAAAAUGAAUAUUUUAAAAUCAGAAAAAGAAGUUGCAAUUGCUGAAGCUGAGUUUAAUGCCGUCCGUGAAGAGAUGGAGAUGGAGGGAUCACGUUCUAGUGGAAGAUCUAUGGCAUCAGUUGUCGAUCCUCGUCAGCACGUCGAGAGAUAUCUUCAGGAACAAAGGGAACUAAUGAAAUCCGGAUAUACAAACCCUCAACAAAUGCACCCUCCAGAGCUCAACAUUCACGCCACACCUUUUGAACCAAAGACCGAAGAUAUUAGACAAACAAAUUAUGAAAUUAACAACGUUUCCGUGGCAAACGAACUCUCAAAGUUCUUAUUAAAGAAGGAUUUGUUAAUGUCUCGUUUUAUGAAAUUUAACGACCAAGCAGAGUCUUAUCACGUUUGGAAAGCUUCGUUUUCCAAUAUAACUGAAGAACUUAGCGUCAACGCGCGAGAAGAACUUGAUUUAUUGAUGAAAUGGCUUGGGCCAGAAUCCUCAAAACAUGCAGAAAGUCUGAGGAUAGCCAAUGCAAAAGACCCAGUAAAAUGUCUAAAGCGAGUAUGGGAGAGACUUGAAGAGAGAUAUGGCGGACCAGAAAUGGUUGAAACGAAUGUAAAAUCAAAAAUUGAACAAAUUUCCAAUAAUUACCAACAAAGAUCACAAGAAGUUAUAUGA